AUGAUUGAGAGGAAUGUCGUAAAACUGAAUGUAGGAGGAGUUUCAUUUGUCACCAAGUUGUCCACGCUAGAGAAGUGUAAUACACCCGUAUUUAACGAAAUAUUAGCUGAGUUUCACAAAUCCCCCGUGAAUGAAGUUUUUAUCGACAGGGACGGAACACAUUUCAGUGUAAUUCUCAAUUACCUGAGAACAAAUAAACUUGUUUGCCCCAAUGAUAAAUACAUACUCGAGCUAAUUUUGGUUGAGGCGCAGCAUUACCAAAUAGCACCUCUAAUAGAUGCUGUUAAGACCAAGAUCACUUCACUAAACUCUUCCAGCUUGGGAAAUAGUCAGUCAAGUCUAAUCCAUGAAUUUUCUGAUAGACAAACAGAUGAAAUUAUGCACUCUGAAAACUCUUCGAAUUACUGUCAAGGUUACGCAGGGUCGGCGCAUAAUGUCGAAAAUAAUGAAAACACAGCCUCUUUGAGUUCAUCCAUAAAUAUAUUAAACAGGUCAAAUAGUGGAUUUCACGAGGAUAUAUACACAAAUCCAUUCGAAACUCCUACUUUAUCUGCACCGUAUUAUUUGAGCGAAAGCCAAGAUAUAGAAGAGUCAGCGACUUUUGUUCAAACAUGCAAUAUUUCUCAGCUAGGCCCACAGGUUUUUGAUGCUACUGUUGAAGAUUUCUAG